CAAAGCCCAUAAGGAGGAUUUUACCCCAUAAGGAGCCCAGCAGAAGUGGGGACCACUGCCAAAGAUGCCUGGGCGAGCUGGGCAUAGGGGGAGUUAAGGAUGGUGCCCAGCAUACAUCCUACCCUCCUCCUCCUCCUCCUGCAGGCGCUUCUGUGCUGGGGUGGCCCAGCUGCAGCCUCCGUGCAGGAGCAGUACUGCGAGAGCCUGCCCGCAGCAAGCAACCACACAGGUCCCCAGUGCAAUGCUUCAGUAGACCUGAUCGGCACAUGUUGGCCCCGGAGUGCUGUAGGACAACUGGUGGCUCGGCCAUGCCCUGAGUACUUCUACGGCGUGCGGUACAACACCACAAACAAUGGCUACAGGGAGUGCUUGGCCAAUGGAAGCUGGGCUGCACGUGUCAACUACUCCCAGUGCCAGGAGAUCCUCAGCGAAGAGAAAAAGAGCAAGCUGCACUACCAGAUUGCUGUCAUCAUCAACUACCUGGGGCACUGUGUCUCGCUGGGAGCCCUACUUGUGGCCUUCGUCCUCUUCAUGCGCCUACGGAGCAUUCGGUGUCUGAGGAACAUCAUUCACUGGAACCUCAUCACAGCCUUCAUUCUGCGCAAUGCCACAUGGUUUGUGGUGCAGUUCACAAUGAACCCAGAGGUGCACGAGAGCAAUGUGGCCUGGUGUCGCUUGGUCACAGCCGCCUACAAUUAUUUCCACGUCACCAACUUCUUCUGGAUGUUYGGCGAGGGCUGCUACCUGCACACGGCCAUCGUGCUCACCUACUCCACAGACAAGCUCCGCAAAUGGAUGUUCAUCUGCAUUGGCUGGUGUAUUCCCUUUCCCAUCAUCGUCGCCUGGGCCAUCGGGAAGCUGUACUAUGACAAUGAGAAGUGCUGGUUUGGGAAGAGAGCAGGAGUUUAUACUGACUACAUAUACCAAGGUCCCAUGAUCCUGGUGCUUCUGAUCAACUUCAUCUUUCUGUUCAACAUCGUCCGAAUCCUCAUGACGAAGCUCCGAGCCUCGACCACGUCAGAGACGAUCCAGUACAGGAAAGCUGUCAAGGCCACCCUGGUGCUGUUGCCUUUACUGGGAAUCACCUACAUGCUKUUCUUUGUCAACCCGGGUGAGGAUGAGAUUUCCAGGAUUGUCUUCAUCUACUUCAACUCCUUUCUGGAGUCCUUCCAGGGCUUCUUCGUCUCUGUCUUCUACUGUUUCCUGAACAGCGAGGUCCGAUCAGCAGUGCGAAAGCGAUGGCACCGGUGGCAGGACAAGCACUCCAUCCGGGCCCGUGUGGCUCGGGCCAUGUCCAUCCCCACCUCGCCGACCCGCAUCAGCUUCCACAGCAUCAAGCAGUCCACAGCCGUGUGAGCAUUGGCAGCCGGGCCAAGGGAGCCAUGUCCUCUCGGGACCUCAGCCCUACGGUGGAGAAUGGUGCAGGAGUCAGGAGCUUCCCCUCCUGCCUGGGGUCGAUGCCUGGCAGAGGAUGGGAUGAGCUUGACAGGGCUAUGGGAAACGCCAUGGUCACUCCAGGAUUUCCCACGGGCUGAGACGACUAAGACUACUCCUUCAUCUCUCAUACUGUUGCUGGAGCCAGAAGAGGAGCCACAGCAGCCCAGAGAUGUUGUAGCUGCCUCCCUAGCAGCCAUCAUUGCCUUCAUCCUGGGUACAAUGGCCUCAAAUUGGGUUUGUCCAAGCUCCUGGCUUGGAGCAGAUAGACUGACUGCUCCAGUGAGGCUAUUGCUGGGCAUGGCUCAUGGGGUCAGUCCCUUGGGAUAUCAGUGCGUGGUGCCAGAUCCUGCUUGUCCUAGUGCUGAACGUUUGCUCACCUGCCAGCGAGCAUGUGCUGGGGAUGCCUAUGGCCUUCUUGGUUGACCAGCAAUGAAYAGAGAGGCUCAAGCUGAGUCUAGACUUUGUUUUACAGGGCUGGGGUUUUAUACCAUGGGAAUUAGUCAUGCCCCCAGGUCUCUGUCCCUCUCUCUGUCCCUGGUAGCUGCAGGCAGUGAGAUGCCCAUGGAGGUCCCAUACCCCUGUCUGACCAUUUUGUUSCUCAUUUUAGCACAGAGGAUGCAAAAACAAGCCAAAAACAAGCCUGAGCUUUUAUUAAUUUUACCAGACUCGUCCCUAUUUGCUGCAGUGCAGUCCUGGGCUGGGAGUGCUCCCUGGACCCAAGGGGCUGCCAUCACCACUGCCCCUGGGACCUGCUUCCAGCCCCUCCAUGCUUCUGCACCUCUCUUUUUCUGCCCGGUAUUCCCUGACCCAGGGAAGAUGGAAGCAGCUCUGAAAUAGCUCUACUCACAUUUCUUCAGGCUAAAAUGCCAAAACAGAAAUUAAAAGAAAAUUUAUAAGAUGAGGCACAAACUAAAACCUCAAGUUUGCUCCAUAACCGAAU